AUAAUGACAAAUGAUAAAUUCAAACCAGUUCAAAAUGUCCCUAAAACUUAUGAAGUAAGAUAUUUAGAAGUCAAAGAACCAUCCAAACUCUCUAAAUUAGCGAGUUAUUUGGGAAUGAAGACAGUUGAUAAUUGUUCUUAUUCGGGCUGUUCUUAUUCAACUGAUUUUGAUAUAAAAGAAGUUGGGAAACUGGUUUUUGAACUUCCCACUAUGAGUCAAGUUAACUUAUAUGGUGAACAUUGUGCCGAAGAUAAUAAAUUUUGUAAUUGUGCUUUGGAGUUUAUUCGAAAAGCAAUUAGACACCACGAACGAGGUUAUGAAGUUAGGGAUAAUAAAAGGAUUACUUCUGAUAUAUCUUAUUGGAGUAGAUAUACAUUCACGACCGGAGCGGCUAUCGGAGCAAGUUUGAUAAAUCCGGCUGCUGCUGUAGCUAUCGGAGCGAGUGUUUACGGAGUAGGAGCAGUUGUGCAUAAUGAAAAUGAAUUAGUCAGAAAUAUUAAAAAUAUUAAUGGUGCUAUAACUGAAGAAGGAAUAAAACACGUAAUUCAUCAGACACUUGGACAGAAUUAUGAUUCUGAUUGUCUAAUAUGUAAAUAUGAAGUUGAAAUUAAAGAUAAAAAAACCAACCAAACUACUAAACUAACCAAAGAGGAAGAAGUAGAAUUGGAAUAUACAGUUCAUAGCACCACUUUUGAUGUAGGUCUGAGAAGAUUUUCCGGAAGAGGAAAAAAAACAAUUCAAGUUGAUAAAGAUAGUAAGAAAUAUAAUCUACUUCUCGAAGGCGAAGUAAAAAAAGGUUGA